AUGCUGCGAUGUCGAACCCUACGGGACAGGGGCAACACGUACAUCUGCGCCCUCUGUCGCCACGACGGCGCCGCACGACCAACCCCUCUCACAAUACGAAGCUACUCGAGCGACCCGAACUCCUCUUCCCAUGCCCCCCGUGGACUUAGUGGAGGUCUCGGCGGCGGCUGGUCGUCCGCAGCGUCCUCCGCCAUCCCACGAAGGACCUCUGGGCCCAGCCAUGGCGGCUGGGGUGCCCCAGCAUUCGGCGCCUCCAACGCUUCAGCGGUGAACGAAAACGACUCGACGACAUCCUCCUCGAACGCACCGACAGCUACGUCCAGCACACCAGCCCCUGACGAUGGUCUCCUUCCCCACGAACGCGCCGCCCGCCAGCGCCUCGCCGCCCAACGAGCCGCCGACGCCGAACCGACCAAGCCGGCCACACCGCACCACCACCAGCACCGCACGCCGCCGCACAAGCAAGAAGGCCUCCCGUCCCUCGGCAGGCGGCCGCGGCAACACGUUGGCGCGCUCGACGACAGCAUCGGCCGGUCUCGCGCGGGGCCUCGGCCUGUGGCGCCCAUACCGCACCGGACCACGCCGCGCGCAGCGCCACGGGCCGCGAACCCGAUGGGGCUCGAUGAGAAGCCGGGCCUUCGAGGCUCGCUGGGCGGGUUGGACGGGCCGCCGCGCUCGAGCGAUCCGUUUGCGAGACUGGCGGACUCGGUCGAGAAGAAGGCCAGGACACCGCGAUCGAGACCGCACGAAUCCGGCUCUGCGGACUGGGGCUUGCUCGCGAAGAGGGCACCGCGGCAGGAGCUUGGCCAGACGACACGACAGGGCCCGAGGGGACCGCGGGCCAACCGCGCUCAGGGGGCCGCGGCGGGCUCCUUCUGGGAGCGGUUCAAGGAUCAUGUCCACCAGAGCUCUGGCCAGGGCGCUGAGAAGCAGGGCCUCGGAGACGUGCAGCAGGAGAACGAGAUCGACUACAGCGCGUGGGACGCUGCGGUGGCGGAGCCGGAGGAGACGCAGCCGCAGCGGAGGAACAGGGAGUCCACCUUUGACGCGUCCUACCAGAUCGAUCGCGACGCGAGGAAGCGAGGCAAGGUCGGGCGUGAAGACAAGAAGGCGGCCAGAAAGUCGGGCGGGCGGAGCAGGGCACGGUUCGAAGAAGAGGAGGAAGACUGGGACGACGAGGCGGCCCAGCGCGACCGCGAGCGCCGCGAACGCAAGGCCGAGAAGAAGAUGCAGAGGCAGCUCGAGGCGGCCGAGGCUCUCGAGGCGGCCGGCCCCCCGAAGAUCACGCUGCCCGAGUUUAUCAACCUGACGAACCUCGCCUACGGCCUCAAGCUGAAGCCCGACGUCUUGCUGGCAUCGCUGGAGGAGAUGGGGUUCGAGAACAUGACGCUCGACAGCAUCUUCACGGGCGACACGGCUGCGCUCGUGGCGCAAGAAUUCGGGUUCGAGCCGACGGUCGACACGGGCGGCGACCGCGAGCUGCGACCUCGCCCCGAGCCCGAAGACCCUUCGUCUCUGCCGCCGCGACCGCCCGUCGUGACCAUCAUGGGCCACGUCGACCACGGCAAGACGACUCUGCUGGACUACCUGCGCAAGUCGUCCGUCGCGGCCCAAGAGCACGGCGGCAUCACGCAGCACAUUGGCGCCUUUGUCGUCAGCAUGUCGUCGGGCAAGCACAUCACGUUCCUCGACACGCCGGGCCACGCCGCCUUCUUGACGAUGCGGCAGCGCGGCGCCCACGUCACGGACAUUGUCGUGCUCGUCGUGGCGGCCGACGACAGCGUCAAGCCGCAGACGCUCGAAGCCAUCAAGCACGCCCGCGCCGCCAAGGUGCCCAUGAUUGUGGCCAUCAACAAGGUCGACAAGGAGGACGCGCGCGUCGACCAGGUCAAGUCGGACCUCGCGCGGCACGGCGUCGAGAUUGAGGAUUUCGGCGGCGACGUGCAGGUCGUGUGCGUCAGCGGCAAGACGGGCCAGGGCAUGGACGACCUCGAGGAGAACAUUGCGACGCUGUCGGAGAUUCUCGACGUCCGCGCCGAGCCCGACGGCCUGUGCGAGGGCUGGGUGCUCGAGGCGAGCGUCAGGCAGGACGGCAAGGCGGCGACGGUGCUCGUCAAGCGCGGCACGCUGCGCCCAGGUGACAGCCUCGUCGCCGGCACGGCGCGCGCCCGCGUCCGGCUGCUGCGCAACGAGGCCGGCGUCGAGCUGACCGAGGCCCCGCCCGGCACGCCCGUCGAGAUUCUCGGCUGGCGCGACGAGCUCCCCGCCGCCGGCGACGCCGUGCUGCAGGCGCCCGACGAGGAGCGCGCGCGCAGGGCCGUCGAGUACCGCACCGAGAUGCGCUACCGCGAGGAGUCGUCGCGGCAGCUCGUCGAGCAGGAGGCGCGCGAGCGCGAGCGCAAGGAGGCCGAAGAGGCCGACGAGGCCGCGGAACACGGCGGCCAAGGUGGCGACGCUGCCACCGGCGGUAUGAAGACAGUCACGUUCACGGUGCGCGGCGACGUCGUCGGCUCGGUCGAGGCCGUCUGCGCGACGAUCCAGGAGCUCGGCAACCACGAGGUCAAGCCGCGGAUCCUGCGCGCGGCCGUCGGCCAGGUGUCCGAGUCGGACGUCGAGCACGCCGCCACGUCCGGCAGCGUCAUUGUCCACUUCAACGUGGCCGUCGCGCCGCACAUCAAGCGCAUGGCCGAGGCCGCCGGCGUGCGCCUCCUCGCCCACAGCGUCAUCUACCACCUCGCCGACGAGGUCCGCCAGACCCUCUCGGACGAGCUCGCCGACGUCGUCUCGACCAAGGUCGUCGGCGAGGCCGAGGUGCUGCAGAUCUUCCCCAUCAACACCAGGGGCCGCGCCUUCCGCAACAUUGCCGGCUGCAAGAUCCGGAACGGCCUCGUCAGCCGGACGGGCAUGGUGCGCGUGCUGCGUAAGGGGGAGACGGUGUUCGAGGGCAAAAUCGACGCUCUCAAGCACGGCAAGAAGGACGUCACGGAGAUGCGCAAGGGCACCGAGUGCGGCAUCUCGUUCGAGGGCUACCAGGACUUCCAGGUCGGCGACCAGGUGCAGACGUACGAGGAGGUCCGGGAGAAGAGGACGCUGUAA